UCAGUUGUUGCAAACCGCAGCCAGGGAGCGGCAGCCUUGUGCAUUCGCGAUGGUCAUGGUUUCUGAUAACUACAGGAUUUCCAGGGCAGAGCCUUGGUCCCUGCUUAUCUAGCCCGGGUUCCCCCACAGGUCAGAGCAGCGUUGGGCGGGGCCAAGGUUGACUCCUACUGGGAGGAGCCGGGAUGCCGCUCCCGCGGUGAUGCAGAGGGGAAUUUGCUGACAGUCCCUUGCCAGGUGGAGCUGGCUUUACCAGGCCGCUAAAAAGAAGGAGGAGGAGGACCCACCCGCAGUCUCCUCUCAGCAAAGCUGUUGCUGAGUGGAUGCCUCAGAUCUGACGUGGACCUUCCCUGGAGAGCUGCCUCAGGUGGGAAAUGUCGCCUAGGACUUGUGUGUGUGUGUGUGUGUGUGUGUGCGUGUGUGUGUGCGUGUGUGUGUGCGUGCGUGUGUGUGCGUGCGUGUGUGUGUGUGUGUGUGUGUGUGUGUGUGUGUGUGUGUGUGUAUGUGUGUAGUCGGGUGGGGGGUGGAUGGGUGUCAACUUCCAGUACCUUCUGCUUUGACGUGGGCUCCCCCAAGUGGCCAUUGUCAGAACUACAGCUUCCUGCCGGAGCAGACCUGGAGCUAGGGAUGGUUCACAUGGCUGCUCCUCUUACCCUGGGGAUGCUAUGCUGUCAGGCUGCUGUUCAGCCUUAUGAUGGACAUGCUUCGUGUUCAGUGUCAACUACGAUAGAUUAGCGGCUGAGCUUGAGUAGACAUUAAAACCCAAGACACCUCAUUAGAAUGAGAAGGAAGCAGAAGAUACGAAGGGCACUGGGCUUUUGCUAGGCACUAACUCGGAGGGUAGGAAUGUGAAAUUUUUAUGUUUUCCUUCUUUUCUCAAGGUGCACCUCAUUGUGUCAUCAACCCUUGCUGUUUAAAAGAAUAUUUUUACUUAUUCUUUGACAAAUUUUCAUAUGUAUACACUGUGUCUUGAUCCUGUUCAUCCCAAAUCCCCUUCAGCUCACUCUGGGACCCUUUAAAGCCUCCCUUCUUUGCCUUCAUAGCCUCUUUUAAAAGCUGAGACCUGGGGCUAGAGAAAUAGCUCAGUAGCUAAGAGCACUGACUGCUCUUCCAAAGGCCACGAGUUCAAAUCCCAGCAACCACAUGGUGGCUCACAACCAUCUGUAAUGAGAUCUGAUGCCCUCUUCUGGGGUGUCUGAAGACAGCUACAGUGUACUUAGAUAUAAUAAUAAAUAAAUCUUUUUAAAAACAAAAAAAACAAAAACCUGAGCCCUAUCCCUGCUUCCUGCAUAUGCAUGGGCAUGGGGCUGCUCACCAGAGCAUGGGCAGCCUAUGAGAAAAGGUACUCCCCUGAGAAAAAAAUGAUUCCCCUCUUCCAGGAGCCUUAGCUAGAGGCCAGCCCUACGUGCCAGAAUGUUGAUUGUCUUGAUUUUGUGCAGCUAUUAUGGAGUAAUAUUGUGUGUUGAUGGGUACACUGGCCAUCUUGCAUCCAGAGGACCACACUUUACAGUCCCCUUCCCAUCCUCUGGCUCUUAUUUUUUCCAUCCCAUCUUCUACAAUGCUUCCUGAACCUUGAGGGGUGGGUUAGUUGAUAUAAAUGUCCCAUUUAGGGCUCAGUGGUCAGCAGCCACUUUGUCUUAGCACUCUGGCAGCGCUGCCUGCUGCCCACUGCAAAAGGAAGCUCCCCCCCCCAAAGUUCAGAGUAGCAUUGAUUUAUGGUCUGCAGCUACUUUUGCUAGUCAACUCAGUUCCCAGACCACCUCAUCUUCUGCUCUCUUUUCUCCUUCAUCCCCACCUACCAUCCUUCCCGGCUCCUGAGAUGACAGCCCUGGACCUCCAGGGACUUCACAUCCACAGCUCCUGUUACAGACUUUACAAACCGCUUCCCACGUUCCGGUCAUUGCUCUGUAGGGACCACGAAUCUCAUCUCUCUAGACUCCCAACAGCGCCGCGGAGCAUGGCAGUUGCUGUCACCAUCCUCAUGUGACAGACAGGGAAACCAAGGCAUGGAGACCUCUGGUGCCUUACUGAAGAUCACUGGGCGUGGAGUAAUUGUCAGAGCUGAGCUCCGGUGUCACAGAACCUGCAGAGUGCAACGGCGCCCCAGUCCCUCAGCCUCCUCACCUCCUGGAGUUCCUGGAGCAGCCCCUCGGAGCAGCUGUUUCUCCCCAGCAGUGGCCUGUGAUGGACAGCAAUCCUUUGCACUCUUCCUUGGUCCCACUGAAGCCCUGUCUUGGGUUGUGGUACCUUUCCUCGGGACAGUUACCUACUGUUGCCCAGUCACUGGCUUCUGCCCUGACCCCUCUCUUGUCUCUUCUCUCCUUCAGUGAUCUGGUCCUUUGCCUCUGAGAGCUGCUCAUGCUGACAGCCUUUGUCUCAUGCUGAUGCCUCCAGGUUGUCUUCUGGAUCUGCACCCACUGUCUUAACUCAUCCAGCCAAACUAUUGCUGCCAGCCCUCUUCCCCAUCUUUCCAGCCAAUGACCGACACUCCAUUUUAUUUUUUUCCAGUUUCUUGAGCUAGAACCCCUCAGGAUCAUCCUGGCUUCUCGCCACCUUUCAUCUUCACCAUCCAGUCGGCUAGGAACUCGUACUGGCUCGGUGUUCAAAGUGUCCAGCUGCCCCUCACCACCCUCCCGAAGCCAGCCCUGCCCAGAUUCCCUCCGUCUGGAUCCCAAGGGUCCUCUCUUUGCUUAUUUGUCCCUAUUUUAUCUCUGUAUCCUCAAUUAAAAGGAUUCUUUAAAACUUAGGUGACCUCCUGCCUCUAGGACCUCUCCUCUUCAUCCCUUGCCCGGCCACAGAGUCUGUCCCUCAACACACUGGGAGACCUUUGCCUCUGUUUAGGAGAGCGCCUUCCAACACACGCGAAAGGUGGCUUGUGCCUGCAGUGGUUACUGAUCCUCCCUUGUCUGUGUCUCCCCACUAGGCUACAAGGAAGGAGUGCUCUUAUUCUCCACAGUCACCGAGGUACAGCCAGCGCGAGUGUGGCACAUGGCAGUUGAUCACAAAGUAUUUGAGUUAACUAAUUAAUUAAUUAAGCCUUCUCUUGAACGAGAGCCAAAAGACUCUGGGUAGGGUAAGGUCUGCCUGUAACUGGCUUUGUAUCUAGGGCUUACCAGGAUGCCCAGCUUCACUGAAUGAGUGUGGCGUGGACCCCAGCAGGUGCUGGUCUUCUUGGUUCCAAGACAAGGUAGGACAGGGAGCUUACCAGCUAGGGAGAUGGCUCAGUCAGCAAAGUGUUUGCCUAGAAAGUGUGAGGACACAAGUUUAACCUUCAGGACCCACAUAAGGGUGUCAGGUGUGGUGACCUGUGGCUGCAAUCCCCACGCUGGAGAGGCAGAAACGGGAAACCCGUGGGAUGUGCCGGAUAGCCUGUUUAGCCUAAUUUGAUGGGCUCUAAGCCAGUGAGAGACCCUGUCUCAAAAGAUACAAAGCAUUCCUGAGAAUGACACUUAAUGGUUGUCCACUGGCAUGUGCUUGUGUGUUCACGUGCACGCAUGCACUCAAACGUGCACACAUACACACCAACCAAUAUACACACACAUAAUAAAUUACAUUAGACAGGGAGUUAUUGAGUCAUCCUCUGCACUAGGCAUUCUGCAUCCCCAGGGUCCUCUUUUUCCUAGGUCAAGCACUACAAAAUAAGGAAUCAGUCGGGGAGUUGGAACUACUCUGUUUGCACAGCCAUGAAGUUUAGACUGUUGUAACCUCAUGGUAGAAGGCUGGUGCCACUGAAUGGGCCAGCUCUUCUCCCUUGAUAGUUCUAAACCUAGCAUUGGCCCCUGAGUUUCUGCAUGUCCCCCAGUCUGAUUGGCUGGCGUCCUUGGUGCAUGUCCCCAUACUCCCCAGCAGCUUUGUGUGUUUUGCAGAGUGGGGAGUAGUCCCAGUGUCUGACUGAGACCUUCUGCCUGGCUGGGAGCCUCCGUGUGCCCAGGAUGUCUGCCUUUCCAGACAGCAUGGACCAGAAGUUUCAUAACAUGACGGUGAAUGAGUGCUUCCAGUCGCGGAGCACUGUCCUCCAGGGGCAGCCCUUUGGGGGGAUCCCCACCGUGCUCGUACUCAACAUCAUCUUAUGGGUGUUCGUUGUCCUGCUUUAUUCCUUCCUCCGGAAAGCUGCGUGGGACUACGGGAGGCUGGCACUGCUGAUACACAACGACAGCCUGACCUCACUGAUCUACGGGGAGCAAAGUGAGAAGUCAUCUCCGUCAGAGGUUUCCUUGGAGGCGGAACGCAGGGACAGGGGCUUCUCUUCCUGGUUCUUCAACAGCCUAACCAUGAGGGACCGGGACCUGAUCAACAAAUGCGGGGAUGAUGCGCGAAUUUACAUCACGUUCCAGUAUCACCUCAUCAUCUUUGUGCUCAUCCUCUGCAUCCCCUCCCUGGGCAUCAUUUUGCCUGUUAACUACAUUGGAACUGUUCUGGACUGGAACAGUCACUUUGGCCGGACCACCAUUGUCAAUGUCUCUACAGAGAGCAAGUUCCUGUGGCUGCAUAGCCUCUUCGCGUUCUUGUACUUCCUCAUCAACCUUGCCUUCAUGGGUCAUCACUGCUUGGGAUUUGUGCCAAAGAAGAGCCUCCACUUCACGAGGACACUGAUGAUCACCUAUGUACCCACUGAAAUCCAGGAUCCCGAGAUCAUCAGCAAGCACUUCCAUGAGGCCUAUCCUGGAUGUGUGGUGACCAGAGUCCAUUUCUGCUAUGAUGUCAGGAACCUGAUUGACUUGGAUGAUCAAAGGCGCCAUGCCAUGCGGGGCAGGCUCUACUACACGGCCAAGGCUAAGAAGACUGGGAAGGUCAUGAUCAAGACACAUCCCUGUUCCCGCCUGUGCUUCUGCAAAUGUUGGACCUGCUUCAAGGAGGUAGAUGCGGAGCAGUACUACAGUGAGCUGGAGGAGCAGCUGACAGACGAGUUCAAUGCUGAGCUUAAUCGUGUCCAGCUGAAGAGGCUUGACCUGAUCUUUGUCACCUUCCAGGAUGCCAGGACAGUGAGACGCAUCUAUGAUGAUUACAAGUACAUCCAUUGUGGUAGACACCCCAAGCAGUCUUCAGUCACGACCAUCGUCAAAAACUACCACUGGAGGGUUGCUCAUGCCCCUCACCCCAAAGACAUCAUCUGGAAGCACCUGUCCAUCCGCCGCUUCAGUUGGUGGACUCGCUUUAUCGCCAUCAAUACCUUCCUGUUCUUCCUCUUCUUCUUUCUCACCACACCUGCCAUCAUCAUCAACACCAUCGACAUAUACAAUGUCACCCGCCCCAUUGAGAAAUUGCAGAGCCCAAUCGUGACUCAGUUCUUCCCCUCUGUACUGCUCUGGGCCUUCACUGUGACAAUGCCUCUGCUGGUCUACUUAUCGGCCUUCCUAGAGGCCCACUGGACAAGAUCAAGUCAGAACCUGAUCAUAGUGCACAAAUGCUACAUCUUCCUGGUGUUUAUGGUGGUCAUUCUUCCCUCCAUGGGGCUGACCAGUCUGCAUGUGUUUUUACGAUGGCUCUUUGACAUCUACUAUCUUGAACAUGCGACCAUCAGGUUCCAGUGCGUGUUCCUCCCAGACAAUGGUGCAUUCUUCAUCAACUACGUGAUCACAGCGGCUCUGCUUGGGACAGGCAUGGAGCUGAUGCGCCUGGGGUCACUCUGCACAUAUUGUACCCGCCUCUUCUUAUCCAAAUCAGAGCCAGAAAGAGUUCACAUCAGAAAGAACCAAGCCACAGAUUUCCAGUUUGGACGAGAGUAUGCAUGGAUGUUGAACGUCUUCAGCGUGGUGAUGGCGUAUAGCAUCACUUGCCCUAUCAUUGUCCCGUUUGGGCUGCUGUAUCUGUGCAUGAAGCACAUUACAGACCGCUAUAACAUGUACUACUCCUACGCGCCCACCAAACUCAACGCGCAGAUCCACAUGGCCGCAGUCUACCAGGCCAUUUUUGCCCCACUCUUGGGGCUCUUCUGGAUGCUCUUCUUCUCCAUCCUGCGAGUAGGUUCCCUCCACAGCAUCACCUUAUUCUCCAUGUCUUCCCUCAUCAUCUCCGUGGUCAUUGCCUUUUCUGGUGUUUUUCUGGGGAAGCUCCGGAUUGCCCAACGGUAUGAGCAGCCUGAGGAAGAAACAGAGACUGUGUUUGAUGUGGAACCAAGCAGCACCACCUCCACUCCCACCUCCCUUGUCCAAAUGCUUCCGUGGCCCUGGCUGAAGAGUGGGGUGAAAACAACAAUCAAUAGAAGUCACCCAGAGAGGAGAGAGCCAGAGUUGUCUUACUCGAUCAAUCAGUGAGAGCCAGAUCUCAGACUCCUCAAUCGUGUAGACGCAGGGCCAUGCUGGGGCUCGGCCUCAGGACCCAAGGCUGCCUUCUGGGCACAGGCUGCACCUCCAGAGCGGUGCAGACAGAGCUGCGGGGAGCUAUUGAUGGACCCAGUGAAUGGUAAGGCAGGGGCAGCACCCGAUCGAUGAGUCAGUCAGCCUGCCAAGAGCCGAGGCUGGACCCCAGAGUCUGUGACCAGUGGACUGGGUAGAGGCUCCCAUGCCCUUUGGCUUGCCUGGAUUGCAGGAGCCCUUGCCCUCAUCCUUACCACAUGUGCCCAUGCAAUCACCUAUUCAUAUUUGAAGCUGGGCACAGGGUCCUUCAUACCCCAGUGCAAGGCACCUCCAACAAGCACCGAAGAAGGGUGCCAGUGGACCUGGGCACUUGGGGAAGCUUCCCCAAGAAGGGACCAUAUCAUGCAACCGGAGGAAUGGGAGGCAAGGUUGCCAGGUGAAACGGGGUGCGGGAAGAGCAUUGGAGCAAGAGGAAGAGCCUGGGCAAAGGCCAGAAGAGAGCUGGAGUUUGUGGGGGGAAAAGAAGAGAGUGUUCAACGUGGAUAUUCAGGGUAGGCAGAGUUGACAUCAGCGGCCUUACCUGGCCAUGUACACAGACAGACAAUAGAUGUGUCUGAACCCUGGUUGGGCUUCACUUGAAAGGAUUAACCAAACCCAAAGCCAAACCCUUACAGCCAAUGACAAACUGUCUUUGAGAAGAACCAAUCAGGGAAGACUUUCUCUGGCCAAUAGGAUCGCUCUCGCUGCUAGGGGGGUGGCGCUGGGAGGGGGGGGGGCGAUAUAAGAACUGGAAGGCUUGCUGUUUUUCCCUCUCUGGAUGAAUAAACUCCCAUCGUUAGGGAUUUUUUCAUCCCCCAAGCUUAAUUAUUACCAUUUUUCUGUGUGGCUGCUGUGUGGGAGAUUGAGCACACGGCCUUAUGCAUAUUAGGUAAGGACCCUAGGAACCCACACUCCUGUGCUAGGGUGUGGUCAGAGUUUGAGCCAGAUCCAUUUGACUAUAAAAUUUGUGCUUAAAGAAAAGAAAGAAAGAAAGAAAGAAAGAAAGAAUAAUAGAACUUAUUAUUUAUGCAUGUAUUUAUUUUUUGAGACAGGGUUUCCAUGUGGGCAGCCUGGUCUCGAUCUUCAAGCACAAGUGAUUCUCCCACUUCAGUUUCCAGAGUAGCAGGGACAACACAGGCAUAUGCUACCGUGCCAGGCUUAGACUCUUAAAAAUCCUUUAUGCUUUCGACAGUGGUAUAGGGACAUGGUAGGCAACCGUGGAGAUGAGAAACCAGAGGAGCAAGACUAAUGAAAUCAAAACUCCAUCACCCAGGGAUGCACACUGAGACACUGCUGUACAUUUUUCAAGAUACCUAUAGAUGCGUGUAUCUCUUCCAAAUAGUUUGUGCUUAUAUAUACACAUAUGGGAUUCUAUAUGUAUAUAUGGAUUUUUUGUUAAAAUGAAAUUCCAAUGUACAUACAAUUUUAUAACCUGUGCAAUGGACAGUGUGCUGCCACAUGUAUGAAUUUUGAUCUUUUUGACUACCGUAGCCUUCAUUACUCAUCUUUUAUAACUGGCCUAGAUCCAGAACCUGUUGAGUAUCUAUGCUAGAUUAGGACUCAGAAAGACUACAGCCAGCACUGCAGAAUGCCCCCACCUUUCCCUCCCUUCCCCAUUCCCUGAAAGCUGGAUGCUUGAGAGGCUCCAAGUUCAAUGCUGGAGCUAUAAUGUAUCCUGAAGUCCAGUGUGUCAACUUGGAGAGAUGUAAUAUCCCAUUCGUUCCUGUGGGUGGCGCUGAUGAGACCACUGGGUAUGCCACCUGGUUUUUUCCACUCUUCAGCUACCAUUUCCUUUUUUAUAGCCAAAACGUCUACGGUGUGUGCUUUGGCACUAUGCAUGUGUCUAGGUGUUUCACAGGACUGUCCCCUUACCACCUGAAGCUGUCUGUUUAUACUGGAGUAUGGAAAAGUUUUCAGUCUAUCUUGUAAUUACUGAAUUUUAAAAGUAGAGGAGAUUAAAAGCCAUUGCAAGAGGCGACAGGAUGCCCCUUCCUUCCCCUGGUACUCCCUGUGUCUCUCUAAUCAGAUGCCUUCCCUGGCAUUCCUGAAACCAGCCUUCAGUGUGACACUAGCCAGCUAGCACACUCGGUUUCGAAUCUCUGACAUGCAGCUGUAACAAAACAUUCUAGCUGGUCAAUGGAGGCCUCUCGAGUUCAGGGCACGCCUAGGCUAUUUUCUCCUGGGAACAGAUAAUGUAUAAAUGAGGAGUCAGGAAGCCUGCCUGCCACUAAACUAACACUGGCAACUCCAAGGUAGCGAACCGGCUUCAUCUCUUGGAGUUCAUUCAAUGAUAAAGAACAAGGCAGAGAAAGGACAAACCUGCUGGGGGUGGGGCAGGAAGAGGUGACCAGGUGGGGCAUGAGGAGAGAGGGUGUACCCUACCCUUGAUUCUGCUAUGACAGUGCCUCAUCUCACCUUCCCUUCUCUGUCCC